UUUAUUUUGUUGCAUUGGGAGCGAAUCUGAUCUAGCGCACAGAAUAAGUAUUCUAUGCAAAUUUUAAUUUUCUUCUGGCCUGGAACGAACAAAUCAUUUUUUUGUAAAAAAAGCAAGACUACUUUGUUUGCUACUAGUACUACGAAGGACUACUACUACAAUUCAAACUCUGAACCCACCGAUAGUUUUCGGAGGCGUCUCCGUCUGCGCUUUUAG